CGUCGCGCUGCACUUUUUGCUCGGAAAAAAGAUCCACUUUACCUAAUUCGACCCUCAGGAAUCGAUUGGUGGGCUCAGAAACUUCGUCAAAGACGGUCUUUAACUGUGCUGAAAUUUUUCAGGAAAAAGAAAACCGCGACAAAAUGGAGGAGGUGAAGGGCCUGGAAGUGGACAGCCUUGGCCGUCUCUGGGCAGUUGACGUGGGAAGCAAUAAUUCUCCUGCUAAACUGUGGAUUUUUAACCUCAGCAAUGGCGAUUCUGUUGCUCUCGUUCAUCAGUUUUCCAGUCUCGUCGUGAGCUAUACUUAUAAUCGACGAGAUCUGCGAAAGCCGGUGUUGGACGAAACAGCAAAUGACUCACUAGCCUACAUCCCAGACGUUAACACAAAUAAAAUAGUCGUGUUUAGUGAAAAAAGGAACGAGUCGUGGAGCGUCCAAGUGAAAGAAAGAAUUUACUUCAGUGCUCUUGCCCUUUCUCCGAAAAACAAAAGAGAUUUUGUCUACCUCGGCGAUCAUGUCCAAACAUACAAAAACCUGUACAAAAUUCCUAUUUCCAACCUGAAGAAGGGGGGAAAAGUAGAAGUGUCCCCUUCAUUCGUGGGCAGCAGGAAUGGGAGUUCGUGGAAAAUGCUCAUGGACAGUAGAGGAACAUUGUAUUUUGACGUUCGGACGGACCAGGAUGAGCAGGGACGCAUCGCCACCUGGAACACAAACACACCUUUCAACGAGGAAAUCACCUUCCAGUUUCAGUUUUCGCUUACACGUUAUUCGAUUGCCUUCGAUACGUGUGGCAAUCUUUGGCUUUUGCUUUGGGAUGGAAGGAAAUACCAGUUGCUCAAGGCGGCAGUCGGCGCCAAAUCCUAUUUAUACAACGACUCUGAUGCUUUCACAGCUUGCGGAAAAAGAAUAAGUGACUCGACGGUAGGCAGCGGAAACGCUGCAAUCGACUGUAGUGGUUUGCGGCAUUUGAACGUGGUGUUGUCUUGCUGGAAUUUGUUUGCAUUUUUCUCGAUCGGACUACAGAUAUUUUGGUUUCGAGCGUUGACAAGGAAAAAAUACGCAAUUUUGAAAACCAAAAAGGAGCAAGAGGAAACGUACAUGCCCGCUGAUGAUCCCGCAAAUUUCCAGCGGACUUCUUUCACUCCCGGGGAACCGAUUUACGAAGAAGUCAAGCCUUGCACGUCCUCCAAUUCCACAUGUCUUGAAAGCCAAUGUUAAACGCUUUUAUAUUUGAUUUACUUUAAA